UAAGCAUAGAUUCCACAGAAAACGCCACUGUCUCCACUCGCACCAGAAAACGAUCCCAGAAAAAAGCCAUGGCGACGACGCCGAGCGCUCUCUGUUCCUUCCUCUUCGCCGUCGCCGUCGCCGUCGCCUUCGCCUUCGCGGCGUCGGGCGUGGCCGCGCAGUCCCUGCCGCCGCCGAGGCGAGACGGCUUCGUGUACACCGACGGCCGGGUCGACUCGGACACCGUCGUCGUCGAGGCGUUCCUGGACCCGGUCUGCCCCGACAGCAGAGACGCCUGGCCUCCGCUCAAGCAGGCGCUCCGGUACUACGGCCCUCGCGUCUGGCUCGUCGUUCACUUGCUCCCCUUACCUUACCACGACAAUGCAUAUGUAGCAUCUCGUGCUUUGCACAUCGUAAACGCGUUGAAUACUUCUGCUACAUUCCAUUUGCUGGAGAUGUUUUUCAUGCAGCAGGGAAGAUUCUACAAUGACCAGACAAAGGACAUGUCAAGGGCUGCUAUUGUGAAUUCUAUUGUGAAAUUUGCCGCACAAGCGGUUGGGAACUCCUACUACUCUAGCAUUGCAGCAGGCUUCAACGACCGGCAAACUGAUCUCAAAACAAGGGUAUCUUUCAAGUAUAGUACUUCAAAAGGAGUGUAUGCAACUCCGUCAUUCUUCCUAAACGGAUUCUUACUGCCCGAUGGUGGCUCCCCUAUAGAUUACGAGGGAUGGAGGAGCUUUAUCGAUCCACUGAUUGCUGCACAGGGACAAAGGAAAUAGGAAACCAUUCCCUUUUCGGAGUGAAAAAAGUAUUACACACUACGUCUUACAUUCCUCGAUGUGCAUUGAGUUCUGUUUCUGCAGAGAAGCAGAGCUUCCGGUAUCUCUCUGCUGUAUGCAGUCCAUCUAUCUGACUAAGUGAAUAAAUCGCCGGGUAAAAUUCUGGUUAUCA